GACCAAGGAAAUCCCCAAAGCAGAGUUACGACACAAUUCUCCGUAAAACAGCCUACUUCCGGUUUGCAAUACUGAAAACAAGCAGCCGUGCUGUUUUACGUGUUUAAAAGACGUUCUUCUUUCUUCUACGACUGACGUUAAACGGUUGUCCUUGUUGUUCUCAGGCUUCACCCAGGCAGAUAAAUCCGCCUUUCACAUCCACAGGUGGUUUAAAACGACCUCACAGUGCUGUUAAAGCAAACAGAAGAGCUCCUUCAGGACACACAACAGAUAUAUGAAGAGAUCCUGUGAAUUUGAGAAGCUCAACACGGCCGCUGUCAUGUACGGAAGUGCAGGUUUGCCUGAACUCAUCCCACCCACAUGUACACUGCGACCCAGCGCCGUCCUGCCCUACAGCCCCGGACCUGCAUCCGGGGACGGACCCGGGGCCCAGCUGUCCUCUCACCCCCGCAGGAUGCACAGGGCCCCCAAACUCGGACAGAUCGGCCGCUCCAAGAGAGUGGAUCUUGAUGAUGAAGACUUGGAUGAUAUCAUGAACAACAACAGGAGCUUCCCUCUUUCCAUCAGUGUCUCACCGGUUGCCUAAAGCAUGCUGGACUGUGCCAAAACUGCAUCGUGCCCAUUCAUGAAGUUAUGAACCAUUACAAAAUACAGCACAAUUAUUAUGAGGUGGAAUUGUUUAAACACAAGUGCACACACAAUAUCAGCUCGCGCUCUCUCUGUCUCUCAUUGUGUUUUUCUCUGACUUUUUAUCUCAGGACUGCAGACUGUUCAGUGCUCUGCUGUGAUCAUUGCUUGUUCAGCACUUGUAACUUUAAUCUUGUGGCUGUGACGUUGACUGUGUCGUCAUUACCUCUCUGUUCACAUUGCAUUUUGAUACUGAGAAUGAAAAUGAUUUCUAGAGGCACAGGGCUAUACUCAUUAAAAAAAAAAAAAAAAGCACUUUACUGAGCGGAAAAAGACCAAAGGCAGGUUUGCUCCGCUCUCACAAACAUGUUCUGUGAAAGUCUGUUAACCUAUAACACACCAUUCGCUAAGGAUUCAGUUACCUUGGAAACUAAAGUCUUUUUGCAUGUUUCUGCUCCCUGGAUAUUUUGCAGUUAAAGCGUAUUUGAAGGGAGCGUUUUUUCACCUUUGGUCUGAAUGACUUGUUCUCUAAAAUGUUCUAAUAUAAUGGUUAUGCGAAUAUUUGGUUUGUGCAUUAUAAUUGACUUGCACGAAAUUGCUUGUUGAUUUUCGUUUUGUAUUUGCAAAUUGCAUUUUUGAAAAAUAAAGUAUGCAUGAUUAUCAUA